AUGAAGAUCCAGCUCCUGGGCUCCGUGCUUCUGCUCACACUCCUCUCCUCUGUGUCAGGGUGCUGGGGCAGGAACGAGGAGGAGCGUCUCAUCAACUACCUGUUUAAAGAGCGAGGAUACAACAAGGAGCUGCGGCCCGUCGAGAGGCAGCAGGACGCCGUCGACGUUUACCUCGCCCUCACCCUCUCCAACCUCAUCUCUCUGAAAGAGGCGGACGAGACGCUGCUGACCAACGUGUGGAUCGAUCAUACAUGGAGUGACUACAGGCUGCAGUGGAAUGCGUCCGACUUCGACGGCAUUGAGAUGCUGCGUCUGCCGUCCAGCAUGGUGUGGCUGCCCGAGAUCGUCCUGGAGAACAAUAACGACGCCCAGUUCCAGGUGGCGUACUACAGCAACGUGCUGGUGGAUCCCACCGGCCUGUGCUACUGGCUCCCCCCCGCCAUCUUCCGCUCCUCGUGCUCCAUCAACGUCAACUUCUUCCCCUUCGACUGGCAGAACUGCACGCUCAAAUUCACCUCUCUGACCUACAACGCCAAGGAGAUCAGGAUGCUGCUGAAGGAGGAGUACGACGAGAACCAAAAGUACACGGUGGAGUGGAUCAUCAUCGACCCCGCCAGCUGGACGGAGAACGGCGAGUGGGAGGUGAUCCACCGGCCGGCCAAGAGGAACACCUACAAGCACAUUCCCAUGGAGAGCAACAAGCACCAGGACAUCACCUUCUACCUCAUCAUCAAACGCAAGCCGCUCUUCUACAUCGUCAACAUCAUCAUCCCCUGCGUGCUCAUCUCCUUCCUGGCCUCGCUCGUCUACUACCUGCCCGCCGACAGUGGUGAGAAGAUGACCCUGUCCAUCUCGGUGCUUCUGGCUCAGUCCGUCUUCCUGCUGCUGAUUUCUCAAAGGCUUCCAGAGACUUCCAUGUCCAUACCACUGAUUGUCAAGUACCUGAUGUUCAUCAUGGUUCUGGUCACAGUGGUGGUCCUGAACUGUGUCGUCGUCCUCAACCUGCACUUCAGGACGCCGAGCACACACGUCAUGACCGAGUGGACCAAGAGGUUCUUCCUGGAGGACCUGCCCCGCUUCCUGCACAUGUCCCGCCCGGCGGAGGCGGAGCCACACUGGGAGGGGGCGUUGCCGCGGCGAUCUAGCUCGGUGGGCUACAUCGCCAAGGCGGAGGAAUACUACAGCAUCAAGUCCCGCAGCGAGCUGAUGUUCGAGAAGCAGUCAGAGAGACACGGCCUGACCAAGAGACCCACCCCUGCUGCUGUGGUGGAGCCGCCGCCUGACGGGGAGCUGACGGAGCAGCUGUACGGUGAGAUCAAGCCGGCCGUGGACGGAGCGAACUACAUCAUCAAACACAUGCACAACAAGAACGACUACAACGAGGAGAAGGACAACUGGAGUGGCAUCGCCCGCACCGUGGACCGCCUCUGUCUCUUCCUGGUCACCCCGGUCAUGACCUUGGGCACCAUCAUCAUCUUCCUCAUGGGACUCACCAACCACCCUCCUCCCCUGCCCUUCCAGGGCGACCCGUACAACUACCGGGAGGAGAACCCGCGCUUCUCCGCCCUCUGACCGCCCCGUCCCGUCCCAUCCCACCCCGCCUCGCUGUGCCCCGCCCGGUCCUGUUUGCUGUGUCCCUUUUCCAGAUAGAUUUGUGUGUUUUUCUUUGUAUGACUUUACUGUAGCAACAACUUAUGCGCAACUACUGUAUCAUUUUAAUACACGUGUGUGCUUUAAAUAAAUAUUCACACCCAGCG